AUGAGUGAAAGAGGACGAUCUAGCAAGAAGAUGAAGUACGGUGGGAAGGAUGAUCAAAAGUUGAAGAACAUCCAAAACGAAGAAUCAUAUUACGAUGAUGAUGCUGAUGAUGAUUCUCGGGAAGGUGAAGGAACGGUGACGAAUACGGAUUUUAGAAAAUUGGAGUUGAAGCCAGAUCAUGCAAACAGACCUUUGUGGGCAUGUGGAGAUGGAAGGAUUUUCUUGGAAACUUUUUCUCCUCUCUACAAACAAGCUUAUGACUUUCUCAUCGCCAUUGCCGAACCCGUUUGCAGGCCAGAGUCAAUGCACGAGUAUAAUUUAACUCCUCACUCGUUGUAUGCUGCUGUUUCCGUUGGUCUUGAGACAGAAACUAUCAUUUCGGUUUUAAAUAAAUUGUCUAAGACUAAGUUGCCUAAGGAGAUGAUUCAUUUCAUCAACGAGUCGACUGCCAAUUACGGGAAAGUGAAGCUGGUUUUGAAAAAGAACCGAUAUUUUAUUGAAUCCCCAUUCCCGGAGGUGUUGAAAGAGCUUCUCCGAGAUGGUGUUAUAAACGGCGCAAGAUUUUCUUCUGAGCCAUAUUACGGCAAUGAUGGAUUCACGGUGGGCAAAACAAGCGGUGAACUUGAGGCAGGACCUGGGGAGCUGUUGAAUGAAGCAGAAUUGGCAGCAGCAGCAGAAGAGAAAGAAACUCACUCAUUUGAGAUAGAUCCUGCACUGGUGGAGAAUGUGAAGCAGCGUUGCUUGCCAGAUGCCUUGAAUUACCCCAUGUUAGAGGAAUAUGACUUCAGGAACGACAAUGUUAAUCCUGAUCUUGACAUGGAACUGAAGCCCCAUGCACAACCGAGGCCAUACCAGGAGAAAAGUUUGAGCAAAAUGUUUGGAAAUGGAAGAGCCAGAUCUGGGAUUAUAGUACUGCCUUGUGGUGCUGGUAAAUCCCUGGUUGGGGUUUCGGCAGCGGCUCGUAUAAAGAAGAGUUGCCUUUGUUUGGCAACCAACGCUGUAUCGGUGGAUCAAUGGGCCUUCCAGUUCAAGCUGUGGUCUACCAUUAGAGAUGACCAAAUAUGUCGUUUCACUUCUGACAGUAAAGAACGGUUCCGUGGAAAUGCCGGUGUUGUUGUGACAACCUAUAAUAUGGUCGCCUUUGGUGGUAAACGAUCUGAGGAAUCAGAGAAGAUCAUAGAAGAAAUGAGAAACAGAGAGUGGGGGUUACUGCUCAUGGACGAGGUGCAUGUGGUUCCGGCCAAUAUGUUUAGGAAAGUCAUCAGCAUCACAAAAUCUCACUGCAAGCUAGGACUUACAGGUAAUU